ACAUCGCAUGCAUGUGUCCAAACAACUUGACUUCAUUAUAAAUGUAGCAUACAUGACAAUCGCUAAAUCAUCCACAAGCCAAACAAAGAUGAAGGUCACAGACUACCUGUCAAAAUUCGUGAAACCCUCAAGACCAACUUCCACCGUCGAUCGUUACUUCAAGAUUUCUUUCUUUGAUGAGCUAGCCCCAUCCAUGAACAUCCCUCUUAUUCUCUACUAUCCCACACCACCUAAAGAUACUAAAGGACUAUAUGGAAACAUUUGUGACCAUUUGGAGGAUACUCUAUCGAGAACUUUGAGUGAGUUUUACCCGUUGGCUGGUCGAUAUAUUCGUAAGCUUUUGUUAGUUGAUUGUAACGAUCAAGGUGUUUUGUAUGUCUUGGGCAAAGCGAAUGUCCGGCUCUCGGAGAUUCUAGGCCUAGGACACGUGUUAGACCCUGGUGCGCUAAAUAGUUUCCUCCCUUGUGAGGUUGGUGAGGUUGAUGAAGUCAAUGAUCCCAUGUUAUCUGUCAAAGUCACCACUUUUGAAUGUGGUGGUUUUGCAAUUGGCAUGUGUUUUUCACAUAGGAUCUCAGAUAUGGGUGCUAUAUGCAACUUUAUUGACAAUUGGGCCUCUAGAAGAAAUGGAAUGCAUAAACACGAAAUGUACUCCCCUAUUUUUAACUUGGAAACUUGCUUCACCCAAAGAGGUUUGCCUGAGCUUGACGUACGAAUGCCUAGGUCGAGUGUUGGCGUAAAAACUAUCGCACGACACUUUGUUUUUAAAGCGAAGGCGAUAUCCGCCAUGCGAGAAAAGGUUGGUUUUAAUGAAAACGGGCCUUGUAGCCCUUCGAAAGUCCAACUUGUUGUUGCGUUGUUAUGGAAGGCCUUUGUUCACGUUGAUCAAGCGAACAACGGACAAUCCAAGGCUUCUUUUCUGAUCCAACCAGUUGGAUUGAGAGAUAAAGUACUCCGCGAACUGCCCACAAACUCUUGUGGUAACUUUUUGACUCUAGCUCCUUCCCGACUCAGGCCUGGUGAAGGCGAGAACAUAACUUUUCCUGACUUUUUCAAGAUUUUGCGUGACUCCGUUAGUAAAACAGUUAAAGAUUGUACUAAAACGCUGACACACGAGGAAGGAUACGAGGUUGUAAUUGAUCCAUAUCUUGAGUCGAAUCGAAACAUGUUUACUAAUAAUGUUGUGAGCUUCUACUUCUUCACUUCUUGGUGCAAGUUUUCGUAUUACCAAGCUGAUUUUGGUUAUGGUAAACCGGUUUGGGCAAGUACCGGAAAGCUUCCAACUCAAAAUUUGGUGAUCAUGAUGGAUGAUCAUGAUGGUGAUGGUGUGGAAGCAUGGGUUCACUUGGACCAAAAACGUAUGAAACAAUUAGAAGAAGAUUCUGAUAUCAAAGCCUAUGUAAUUUAGCUAUGGUACCUUAUCUUCAUAUAUCUUCAUAUGUGGUUAAUUUGUUAUUCCUAUUUCAUAUGUAUGAUUAUGAACCCUUUGACGUGAAAUAAAAGUCCGCGUACACGGAGUUAUAUAUAAUAACUAGCAUAUUUGAAUGUUUUUGUUUGAUGAUUAAAACUUAA